GAAACGGCACCCUAUAAGCCCGGUGAUUGUUGGAACAAUCUCUUCUUCCAUUCCAUGUUCUUCUCCUUUCACUUCAUGUUUCAGCUUAAGCCAGUUUGAGUCGAAGUUCAACCUUGUACUUGUUUGUUGCUUUGAGAGAGAAAAAGCAAGUAAGUGUGAACCUAGCUCAAAAUUCAGCUCCAAAACAUGCUUCUAAGCUUUGGUCUUGGAUUUAAGGUACACUUGAGAAGCAAGCAUGACCAUUUGGAAAAUUCAACAAUUCUUGAAAUAACACAGCAAAGGUGCACAGAUCUGUGAGGUGUGGGGAGAACAACUAACAACAAGCUUUGUUUCUUUUCCCUUUCUAUGCUCCAGACCUUGACACCUUCCGCAAAACCCGAUCCAACAAUGUUCAAAGUAACCAAGCCUCUCAACCUUCUUUAAUUUAUGUUGAAGAUAAUAAUAAUUGCCAGGAAAAAACUAUAAACAAACAAACACAAGCUGAAGCCAAAAGGGGUUUGGCGCAGAUCCGCGACCCAUUUGCAAAAUUUGCUGCUUUAGCUUAAAAACAAAGCGCGAACUCUUGAAUCAAAGGAGGGGGUGAGGCUGAGGCUCUGAGACCUACUCAGUCUUUUGCUUUUGAAAGGGCUUUUCUUUUCUUUCUUUCUGCGAUUGAGAAAAAAAGCUAUAACAUGGGGGGCUUCUGACUCGGACCGCGAUUUAUCGGUGCGUAAAUAAAAGGCCUUUUUAUCACUACACGGCCAAAGUACUCUCUCUGAUUCUGAAUCAUAGUCAUCAAUGCAAACCACAUAGCAACAACAACAACAACCCCACCUUCUUCUGUGUGCACUACUCUCUCUUCCUUUGACUCUAUUUUUCUUCUCUCUCUCUCUCUCUCUCUCUCUCUAGUACUUCCCCUGAAGAUAAGAGAAGAAGAAGACGACCAAGUGGGGCGUGUAGCUUGGAAAAGAGUCGUGUCUGUGAUAUGGAGGAGGAUGAGAUUCAAGCAUGUAAGUUCCCAAGAGUUGGAAAUGGUAGGAGUAGUGACCAAUACCAAGAGGAGGAAGAAGAGGGUGGUGACCUAAGACUUAGAAAAGGUGUUGGUGUUGGUGGUGGUGGUGGAGGUGGAGGAAGUGAUGCUAGCACAAACCACUUCCACCAAAGUAGUUGGCACCAUUCUUCUAGAAUCAUAAGGGUGUCUCGAGCAUCUGGUGGCAAAGACAGGCACAGCAAAGUGAUGACCUCAAAAGGGUUAAGAGACAGAAGGGUUAGGCUCUCUGUGACCACAGCUAUUCAGUUCUAUGACCUUCAAGAUCGCUUGGGUUACGACCAACCUAGCAAAGCUGUUGAGUGGUUAAUCAAAGCUGCUUCAGAAGCUAUCUCUGAGCUUCCUUCUCUCAACAACCCUUUCCCUGAUACCCCUAAGCAACUAAGUGAUAAGAAAAGGCCUACUAGUGGUGGUGGUCAACAACAACAACAAAUACAACAAGGCCACUUUGAUGAUGCUGAUGGAGACACAAGUUACCCCCAAAACCAAAGCCAGAACCUUUCUCUCUCCAAGUCUGCUUGCAGCAGCACUUCCGAGACAAGCAAGGGCUCAGGCUUGUCCCUCUCAAGGUCUGAGAUUCGUGUGAACCGUGUUAAGGCAAGGGAGAGGGCUAGGGAGAGAGCUGCUAAAGAAAAAGAGAAGGAGAAGGAGAAGGAGAAGGAGAAGGAGAAAGAGAGUGAAUCUAGCAUUGCACAUCACCACCAUCAUCACCAUGUGAACAACAACAACCACAUGUCUCACACAGCUUCCUUCACUGAGCUUCUCACUGGUGGGAUUGGGAGCACUGUAACAGUUAACCCCAACACCACCACCACCACCACCACAACAACAACAAGUCCUAAUGGGUCAUCAGUUCAUCAGAUCCAUGAUGGUCAUGAUCAUGAGACUAAUCUAUUCAACAAGGGAAGGCAACAACAACAACAGCAUCAUUGGUCUCAAACAGUGACACCUAUGGACUACUUCAGCACAGGCCUCUUGGUAGGACCUUCUUCAUCAUCUGCAAGAACUCAACAACACCAACACCAAUCUUCUUCAGCACAUUUCCAACUGGGACAUGCACAUGCCCUUCCAAUCUCUCCAUUCAGUGGAGAAAACCACUCAGAGCAGCUGCAGCAUUUUUCCUUCAUGCCAGACCACCUCAACAACAUACCAGCUCAUCAUGUGGUUACAUCUUCUUCUGCUUCUCAUCAACCCAACGGGGGUGACAACAACUACAACCUCAACUUCAGUAUCUCUACAUCGACGGGCCUUGCUGGUUACAACAAUAGGGGGACCCUUCAGUCCAAUUCUCCGUCUUCCUCGUUUUUGCCUCAUCACCUCCAGAGGUUUCAACCUUUAGACGGAUCGUCCAACCUACCUUUCUUUAUAGGAGCUGCUGCUCCUUCUUCUGCUCCUCCAACCAUGGACAACAACAACAAUAAUAACAGCAACAACCAUCACCACCUUCAGUUCUCACCUGUCUUUGAUGGCCGCUUGCAACUCUGCUAUGGCGAUGGAACAAGGCAUUCUGACCACAAGGGGAAGGGAAAGAACUAAUUAAGUUCCCCCGAGGAACACCACUUUUCUUCCUGGAAUUUUGUUCUGUGUUUUUGUAGGAGCAACAAGCUGUGUCCCCUUCCCUUCUGCAAAAUGGAGGAUAAGUUGUUGUCAUCAAGUGUUGGUGUUUCUUCUUGGAUCAUUUAGUCAUUCAAUUACAUUGAGUAUUUGAACAUUUAUUAACUUAUGCGUGCAUUGUACUAUAUAUGAUGGAUAAAUGUAAAAGAAUGUUGAUCGUAGAUAUUUUGAUUUUCUACCAUUAAUUCUAAAAUUACCUGUCCCGUUUAGUUGGAAAAA